UUUUUUAGUGUAUUUUCACUUUCUGGAGAGUUCCGAAACAUUAAUGUGAGGGAAGAAGAGAAACUUGAACUUCAGAAGCUCAUGGAAAGAGUCCCUAUUCCUAUCAAGGAAAGUAUGGAGGAACCAAGUGCAAAAAUUAAUGUGCUCCUUCAAGCUUACAUCUCCCAGUUGAAGUUGGAGGGAUUUGCCCUUAUGUCAGACAUGGUGUAUGUCACACAAUCUGCUGGCCGUCUCCUAAGAGCCAUUUUUGAAAUUGUUCUACACAGAGGCUGGGCUCAACUUGCAGACAAAACACUGUCUCUCUGCAAAAUGGUUGAUCGAAGAAUGUGGCAGUCCAUGUCACCUCUUAGGCAGUUCCGAAAAAUGCCAGAAGAAGUUGUGAAGAAAAUAGAAAAGAAAAAUUUCCCCUGGGAAAGACUUUAUGACUUGGGACCUAACGAAAUUGGUGAACUCAUCAGAGUACCUCGUCUGGGAAAAACAAUCCACAAGUACAUUCAUCAGUUCCCUAAGUUGGAGCUUUCAACUCAUAUCCAGCCCAUCACAAGGUCGACUCUGAGAGUGGAACUUACCAUAACUCCUGAUUUCCAGUGGGAUGAAAAGUUACAUGGGGCAUCUGAAGCAUUCUGGAUUCUUGUAGAAGAUGUUGAUUCAGAGGUUGUCCUUCAUCAUGAGUAUUUCCUCCUCAAAUCAAAGUUUGCUGCUGAUGAGCAUCUAGUCAAGUUCUUUGUCCCAGUGUUUGAGCCCUUACCCCCACAAUACUUCCUCCGUAUUGUGUCAGACCGCUGGAUUGGAGCCGAAACUCAACUCCCCGUGUCAUUCCGCCAUUUAAUACUUCCGGAGAAGAAUGUACCUCCCACUGAACUCCUUGACUUGCAACCUCUUCCAGUGUCUGCUUUGCGCACUCCAGAGUUGGAAGCUGUCUACCAAGAGAAAUUCAAGCAGUUCAACCCAAUCCAAACUCAGGUGUUCAAUGCAGUGUACAACAGUGAUGACAACAUUUUCAUUGGUGCUCCUACUGGUUCAGGCAAGACGACCAUUGCGGAGUUCGCCGUGCUCCGCAUGUUCCAGCAGCACCCGGAGGGCCGGUGCGUGUACGUGGUCGCCAAGGAGUCGCUGGCCGAGAUCGUGUUCGCCGACUGGCACAACAAGUUCGGGCUGACGCUGGGCAAGAAGGUGGUGAUGCUGACCGGCGAGACGGGCACGGACCUCAAGCUGCUGGCCAAGGGGCAGGUGAUCGUGGCCACGGCCGAGAAGUGGGACGUGCUGUCGCGGCGUUGGAAGCAGCGCAAGAACGUGCAGAACGUGCACCUGUUCGUGGUGGACGAGCUGCAGCUCAUCGGCGGCGAGGACGGCCCCGUGCUGGAGGUGGUGUGCUCGCGCAUGCGGUACAUCUCGUCGCAGAUCGAGCGCCAGAUCCGGAUCGUGGCGCUGUCCACGUCGCUCGCCGACUCCAGGGACGUGGCCCAGUGGCUCGGCUGCAGCUCCAACUGCACCUUCAACUUCCACCCCAGCGUGCGGCCGCUGCCGCUCGAGCUGCACAUCCAAGGGUUCAACGUGACGCACAACGCGUCGCGCAUCCUCGCCAUGGCCAAGCCCGUCUACAACUCCAUCGUCAAGCACAGCCCGGACAAGCCCGUGCUCGUGUUCGUGCCCAGCCGCAAGCAGGCGCGCCUCACGGCCAUCGACAUCCUCACGUAUGCCGCCGCCGAGAAGACCCCCAACCGAUUCUUCCACGCCGACGUGGACGACAUCCAGCCCUUCCUGGAGCGGAUGCAGGACAAG